AUGAAGAAACAUAAUCCAUCUUUGGUGGUAGAAUCUUCUUACCCAGACUUGGUCAUCAAUGUAGGAGAAGUAACUCUUGGGGAAGGAAACAGAAAGAAGCUGCAGAAAACUCAGAGAGAUCAAGAGAAGGAGAAAGUGGCGCGGGCUGCCUGUGCUUUAUUAAACUCAGGGGGAGGAGUGAUUCGGAUGGAAAUGGCUAACAGCGAUGAGCAUCCUGUGGAGAUGGGGCUGGAUUUAGAAGAGUCUUUGAGAGCACUUAUUCAAUCUUUAGAUUUUCAGGCUUUCUUUGAGACUAAUCAACACGGGAGGUGUUUUUACAUUUUUGUCAAAUCUUGGGACAAUGACUUUCCCCCUGAAGAUCGUUCCAAGCCUCGCAUUUGCAGCCUGGAUUCUUCAUUACACUGUAGAUCUGCCACCUCUGUGCUUCCCCUGGGUUCAAGAGAGGCAUUUAGUUUUCUGGAAACCCAGAAAAGAGAUGCAAAACUUUGCGGGGAAGAACCUUCUAAUAAAAUUCGCAGGGAUGCAAAGCAAAACUUCCAUAACUCGAAUCCUGCUCACCUAAUUUUCCAAAGAGACCGGCUUGAGCAUGGUGAAAUCCUGCCUUUUCCUGAGUCUCAAUACGUAGAAUUUAAACAGUUCUCUACGAAACACACCUCAGACCGUGUAAAAGACAUGAUUCCAAAGUAUAUAUCUGCAUUUGCAAACACUAGAGGAGGCUAUCUUUUUAUUGGAGUGGAGGAUAAGAGUAAGAAAGUUCUGGGAUGUGCUGAAAAAAACAUCAAGUGUGAGGAUUUGAAAAAGGAAAUAGAAGAUGCAAUAAACAAAUUACCUCGUGUCCAUUUUUGCCAAUCCCAAUGCCAGCUAACUUUCACAGUCAGAUUCUUGGAAGUGUUAGCCGAGGGGCAGUUGAAAGGUUAUGUUUGUGCGAUCAGAGUGGAGCCGUUCUGUGGUGCAGUGUUCUCAGAAGCUCCCAGGUCAUGGAUGGUGAAAGACAGGGAAGUCUGCUGCCUGACAACUGAGGAAUGGGUAGACAUGAUGACGGACACAGACCCAGAGCUUCGCAAAUUGUCCAAAGACUUUGAAUAUCAGCUGAGUCUGUCUAGCGGGCCUCCUCUUAGCAGACCAGUGUACUCCAAGAAAGGCCUGGAACACAAGAAACAUCUCCAGCAACGUUUAUUUUCAGUAUCAUCAAAAAAAUUGAAAUUGACUCCUAAAUCUAUCUUCAAAAAUCUGUACUCAGAGCAUGAAGGCCUGCAGGAAUUAAUAGAGAAGCAAAUGCAUCCUUUCUCCCGAGGAAUUUUGAUCCUUUCUAGAAGCUGGGCUGUGGACCUGAACUUGCAAGAGAAACGGGGAGUCAUUUGCGAUGCUCUGCUGGUAGCACAGAACAGCCCUCCCAUUCUCUAUACCAUUCUCGGGGAGGAGGAUGCAGAUGGGCAGUUGUACUGCACCCGUACCGCCUUUACCUUGAAGCAGAAGCUGGUGAACCUGGGGGGCUACACCGGGAAGCUGUGUGUCAUGACCAAAGUCCUCCAUCUGAGUCCUGAGAACAAUGCAGAGUCCUUUGAAGGUUCAGACUCUCUGAUUGAGUAUCCUGAGUCCUAUUACCUUGCAGACACCAAGCAAAUGGAAGCCUUGCUGCAGUCCCUUGUGAUUGUCUUGCUCAGCUUCAGGUCUUUCCUGAGUGACCAGCUUGGCUGUGAGAUUUUAAAUCUGCUCACGGUCCAACAGUAUAAGAUCAUCUCAAAAAACCUCCGCAAGACCCCAAAAUUGUUUAUCCAUGGUUUGCCUGGCUCAGGGAAGACGAUCGUGGCCAUGAAGAUCAUGGAGAAGAUCAAGAAUACGAUGGGUUGUGAGAAAAAUGAAAUUCUCUAUGUUUGUGAGAACCGACCUCUGAGGGACUUUAUUGGUAAUAAAGGUAUCUGCCAGGCAGUGACUCGAAAAGCCUUCAUGAAAACAAACUCAAACUUUGAAAAGAUUCAACACAUCGUCAUUGACGAAGCUCAGAAUUUCCGCACUGAAGAUGGGGACUGGUAUGAGAAGGCAAAAACCAUCACUCAGAGAGGAAAGGAUGGCCCUGGAAUUCUCUGGAUCUUUCUGGACUACUUUCAGACCAGUCACAUGGACUGCUCUGGCCUCCCCGACCUCCAAUACCAGUACCCAAGAGAAAGUCUCAUCAGAGUGGUCCGCAAUGCAGAGCCAAUAGCCAAGCACCUACAAAAAAUAAUGUGCAAAGUCAGACAAAAUCCACCACCUAACAUCCCCUCCGAGUACCUGAAUAUAUUCAGUGAUGCUAAAUGGUCUCAAUGUGUUCUAGGCAACUUUAAGAUUAGAAAGCACAAGGAUAUGGAGCAGUUGGUGGAUUAUAUAGCAAAAAUAUGCCAUUCACUUUUGAAGGCUGGAUAUUCCUGCAGGGAUAUUGCUGUGAUUUGCAGCAUAGCAAGUGAUGUACACAAAUAUAUAGGUAAGCUUCGAAGAGCAAUAAGGAAGAGAAAAAGGUCUUGGUCCAGUGAGGAAUUUGAUCUGUUAGUAGCAGAAAGUGCAUCAGCUAUCACGGACAUUAUAUUGGACAGUGUCCGUCGAUUUUCAGGCCUGGAAAGGAACAUCGUGUUUGGGAUCAAUCCAAGGGCAGCUCAGCCAGCUGUCUUCCACAAUCUUCUGCUCUAUCUGUCUUCCAGGGCAAGCAAAUGGCUGUAUAUUUUGACUCUCCUUGAAGAAAUGACUAACUCUGCAUCAUUUUAA